CGGGCGGGCUCUGCUCCCGGGGUCCUUCCUCACAGCGUGGUUGCUGAGCACCGGGAGUUGUUGCAAGGACUUUUAACUGAUCUAGCCCGCUGGCAAUCAUGAGUGAAUGGAUGAAGAAAGGCCCCUUAGAAUGGCAAGAUUACACUUACAAAGAGGUCAGAGUGACAGCUAGUGAGAAGAACGAGUAUAAAGGAUGGGUUUUAACUACAGACCCAGUCUCUGCAAAUAUUGUCCUCGUGAACUUCCUUGAAGAUGGCAGCAUGUCUGUGACUGGAAUUAUGGGACACGCUGUGCAGACUGUUGAAACUGUGAGUGAAGGGGACCAUAGAGUGAGAGAGAAGCUGAUGCAUUUGUUCAUGUCUGGAGACUGUAAAGCAUACAGUCUUGAGGAUCUGGAGAAGAGAAAGAACAGCUUAAAGAAAUGGCUCGAGAAGAACCACAUCCCCAUCACUGAACAGGGAGACUCACAGAGAACUCUCUGUGUAGCUGGGGUCCUGACUAUAGACCCACCAUAUGGUCCAGAGAAUUGCAGCAGCUCUAAUGAGAUUAUUCUGUCCCGUGUUCAGGAUCUUAUUCAAGGACAUAUUGCAGCUUCUCAGUGAAAGGCUAGGAACUGUGGACACACUGAUUGAAAUAGACUCCUUUUUUUUCCUUCAUAAAAUGUUUUCAACGUAAGCCCAUCCUAUUACAGGACUUUAAAGGCACAUGAGUGUGUGUGUGUGCAUAUACAUUUGUGUUUUAAUUCUUGUUUUGGUAAAAUAAAGGAGUGGCUUACAAGUGUAAAUUCCUUGGGAAAUAAAUGAACUGGGGCAAGGAUACAUCACAUGCAACAAAAUUAGCAAAGGGACAUCACAAUUGUAAAGGUUUUUUUCUUGUGGUGGGGAUACAUCACCAUUUUUGUUAGGCAAAAAAUGUUUUUGGAAAAAACUAACAUGUCAGAUUCAAUAAUAAAAUGUUAAGGUAGAA